AUGUCUUCAAUACUAAACAUAUUUAAUAUUUGCGACAAAAUACCGGAAACUACUAAAAGGUCCAUAAAAUUGUUUCAUGUAUUGAACGGAUGGGACGGACCUAACAUACUAUUCGUGACAAACGAGGACCGGGUGUACGGUAUGGGCGCUAAUAAGAGCGGAUCACUGGGUUUGGGUCAUAACAACACAAUUGAGUCACCGGAACAGAUCCCUGGGCUGAAUGACCAGAAUAUUCGUGAGUUCAUGAUUGGCAGCAAUUUUGUGAUCGCUUUAACCUCCGAAUCCAAAGUCUACGGAUGGGGUUGUAAUGGGAGCGGACAGUUAGGUCGUGAUCGCAGCCCUCAGUUCAUAUACCUUAAGCCGGGGCUCAUAGACUACUUCGCAGGCAAAGGUGUCACACAAAUUAGUUGCGGUUAUCUACACUCCCUGGCCCUUACCACCGAUGGCCGUGUCUACGGAUGGGGUGACAACACGAACGCACAGUUAGGUUUUGACAACAAAACCACAGACCACUCGACCCCAACCCCCGUUGAGAUCAAUCUACACAAAGACCUGAUAGUAAAACAAGUCUACUGUUUCGCCAAUUCAUCGUUUGCAGUGACAGUGGACGGGGAGGUGUAUAGUUGGGGCUAUAAUUAUGAGGGCGAGUGCGGGCACGACAUCUCCGAGCUUAUAGUUAAUCCCAGGCUCAUCAAUAGCCUGGUCAACGUGAGGGCUGUUAGUAUGUCACAGAAUCGGACCUACUUUAUCACCGAUGAGGGACUGGUAUACUUUUGCGGUCAGUAUAACAGUAACACCCGUUGUUAUGAGUAUUCCAAGCAAAUGGAGCCUAAACUCUUAGAAACGGACCUCCGAUUUACGGACAUACAUAUGGAUCUCUCUAACGGAGAUCAGGUGUCAUUCACGUCAGCCCUAACUGGCCAGGGAUUGUAUAAGAUUAUGGAAACCAAUGAGAUAUUUGAGACAUUUUACGAUAAUAUGUUUGAUUUCUAUGCAAACGUAUAUCAGUUGACGUAUAAAACGGUUGAUUUGAAUGAUUACAGGGAUUGGGUCCCAAAGGAGAGACCUGAAUAUGCUUUGAAAUCUAAACAAAAUUUUUGCUUAAAUUUCCCCAAAAUUGAUAAAUCAAUUGAAGGCUAUUAUGAUAAUUGUUUUGAUGUGUUGGAGGAGUUGAGUGGAUCGGGAGGUUUCAGUAAAGUGUUUAAAGUCCGACAUAACCUUCGGUCGGCACAUGUAGUCCAGUACUUCAACUCAUGGACAGACAGAAAAUAUCUAUACCUUCAGACGGAAUACUGCGCUAAAACUCUACAGAAUAUACUCGAGGAAAAGGGACAGGUAUUCAGUCGUGAUGUAGGCGUUGCCAUGAAUGUAGUCGAGUACUACAUGUCGUGUCAAAUAUUCUCUGAACUCUUAGAGUGUGUUAAAUAUUUGCAUGAAUUGUCUGAACCGGUAGUUCACGGGUCACUCAAACCACAGAAUAUUCUGAUUGAUGUAAACGCCAACUAUGGGUCAUAUUUGAAGUUAUGUGACACUGGGUUGACAGGAAUUCACGAUAUGGUAUGCCAUAAGGAACUGGAUGAAAGUACCAGAAAGUAUUUGGCACCGGAAGUCAUUGCAGGCAAACUGUAUGACCACAAGUCAGACAUUUAUAGGCAGCAGUUGUUUGAAAUUGAUUUCGAAAAAGAUGUGCAACCGGAU